AUUCACUUGCUCCUAAAACUCACUCACUCAGUCACAGUCUCUGCACCUCCAACAGUACAAGACUGCAACACUUCCUAUCAACUCCGUUGUCGUUUCGUGUCCAAACUCCAUUUCUUCUAUGUAAGCCUGCCUACCUAGCUGACUCAAUUUCAACACCACUGAAAUAAUGGGUUGCUUUCACUCCAAAACCGCCCACCUCCACUCCCCCGACGACCCCUCUCCUCUCCCCGAAGCUCAGAAACCCGACCCGGCUGAUGGGGAUCAAGCUGAGGUUGGGGACCAAGUGCCGGCGUUCAAAGAGUACAGUCUGAACGAGCUGCGGAAGGCGACCAAUGGGUUCAGCUCUGAAUUUAUAGUUUCUGAGAGCGGCGAAAAAGCCCCUAAUGUAGUUUACAAAGGGAAGCUUGAAAGCAAUCGCCUUGUUGCUGUAAAACGCUUCUCCAAGCAGUCUUGGCCGGACGCCCAGCAGUUUGUGGCUGAGGCUGCGGGAGUGGGGAAGUUGAGGCACAAGAGAUUAGUGAAUCUGAUUGGUUGCUGUGCCGAGGGAGAUGAACGCCUCUUGGUGGCUCAGUACAUGUCCAAUGAUACUCUUUCCAAGCAUCUCUUCCAUUGGGAUAAGCAGCCAUUGCCAUGGGAAAUGCGUGUUAGAGUUGCAUAUUAUAUUGCACAGGCACUUGAUCAUUGUAAUACAGAAAACCGGAAGAUCUAUCAUGAUUUGAAUGCAUAUAGAGUUCUAUUUGACGAGGAUGGUGACCCUCGCUUGUCUAGUUUUGGCCUCAUGAAAAACAGUCGAGAUGGGAAAAGCUACAGUACUAAUUUAGCUUACACUCCACCUGAGUUUCUACGGACAGGCAGGGUCAUCCCAGAGAGUGUAAUCUACAGUUAUGGAACUGUCCUGUUGGACCUUUUGAGUGGAAAGCAUAUUCCUCCGCUCCAUGCACUCGACUUGAUAAGGGGAAAGAAUGUAUUGUUGUUGAUGGAUUCAUCAUUGGAAGGACAGUAUGAGAAUGAUGAUGCUACCAAAUUGGUUGAACUUGCUUCCAAAUGUCUUCAGUCUGAGGCUAGGGAUAGAGGAGAUAUUAAGUGUCUUCUUACAGCUGUUGCACCACUUCAAAAGCAGAAAGAGGUGGCAUCUCAUGUUUUAAUGGGCCUCCCAAAAAACAAAAAUACAGUUGUGGUGCCAACCAUGCUUUCUCCUCUUGGGAAGGCUUGUGCAAGGAUGGAUCUUACUGCUGUGCAUGAUAUUUUGCUAAAAACUGGUUAUAGAGACGAAGAAGGUGCAGAAAAUGAGCUUUCAUUUCAAGAAUGGACACAGCAAGUCCAAGACAUGUUGAACACAAAGAAAUUUGGAGAUAUUGCAUUUAGAGACAAGGAUUUCAAGAAUGCAAUUGAGUAUUAUUCCAAGUUAAUCGUUAUGAUGUCUGUUCCUUCUGCGACUGUGUUUGCGAGAAGAGCCUUUUCCUACUUGAUGAAUGGCCAAGCAGAACUUGCUUUGAGAGAUGCUAUGCAGGCACAGGUUUGCAUACCAGAGUGGCCAACUGCAUUCUACUUGCAGGCCCUUGCACUCUCAAAGCUCGGAAUGGAGACUGAUGCUCAGGACAUGCUUAAUGACGGAGCAGCCUUUGAAGCGAAGAGACACAGCAUCUGGCGGGGUUAAUCUUAUAAGGAUGGGUUGUGAGCAUAAUUUUUGUGAGCAUGACGAUUGUAUGGCCUAUUCAAAUGCUACCCAGCCAAAAUCUCUUGCACCCAACCAGCAUUAAGAACCGGUUGUGAAACACAGAAUCACAAGUCAGUAAUGUCCCCAUAUAACGAUUUCAUUGUGGUAUACCUUGCAAACGGACAUAUGAGGCACAGAUGAAGUCAGUCUAUGUGAACUCAGAACUCCGAUGCUCGGCGAAUAGAUAGAUUGUUUGAACAUUAUCACAGCUCUCAUUCCAAAAUCAGCAGGAAACAAGUUCAAGCCAAAUAAGCAAAAUGAGGUAUAUAUAUUAACAGGAAGGCGACUGUAGUCUGUAGUUUCAGUUGUACCAAAAGGGAAGGACUUCUGUCUAUUGGAAUUUCUGGGUUGCCAUUAACUGGCUCACAUGAAC